AUGCCAGGAAACCUGCGCAGCAGCGGGACCGGACUGGCCCUCGCUGGUGGCAACUUGGCCCAGUUUGCAGUGAUGAUUUCACAAGUGACCAAGAAAUUGCCAACGGCCUACAAUGGAUACGGCUGCUACUGCGGCUGGGGGGGAUCCAAGCAGCCCGUGGAUGCCACUGACAGGUGCUGCCACGCUCACGACUGCUGCUACAAGAAAUUGGUUGCUGCCGGCUGCAGRCCCAAAUCAGACGUCUACAAAUACUCCUUCCAAGGAAACCGAGUAAYCUGUGGAGCCGGGAGUUCCUGUGAAAGGAGGAUUUGUGCGUGCGACAAGGCGGCAGUCGAGUGUUUCAAGAGGGUCAUCGGGACCUACCGCAAAUCCUACGACAAUUACCCCAAAUCCAAAUGCAAGGGCUCUACUCCUCGCUGCUGAACACUCCUGCCAGGCUGGGGCUCCAAACCUGACAGAAACCACUGCAGCUGGAAGGGUUCUGCCUUCCCUKGACAUGGCACAGCGCUGUGGCACUGAAAAAGUGUCCAGCACCUUUCCCCACAGCCUUGGCACAGGGAAAACCUGCUCCCUGUGGUUAAAYAAUUCAUAAAAAUGAGGGAAACCGUGCAAAU